AUGAUAUGGACUCAUUAUAUUAUUCAUCGAGAAUCUUUAGCAUCACAAAAUAUGUGUCCAUCGUUAAAUACCGUACUUCAAACAGUUAUAAAAAUAGUAAACUACAUAAAAACAAGGCCUGUUAAAGCAAGAUGGCUAUCAAAAGGAAACGUACUAAUACGAGUGUUCGAACUUAGACAAGAACUUUACACUUAUUUGAGUGAAGAAGGUCAUAAUGAUUUUAACAAGUUUAUUGAUAGUAAAGAAACUAAUAUUCUGCAAUUAUAUGAUAAAGUGGUCGCUUUUAUUAAAAAAAUCGAGUUAUGGCAAAGGAAACUAACCGAAGAAAACGGUAAAACCAUGUGUUUUUCAUUUUUAAAAAGUUUUCUUGAAGAUAAUGAUCUUGAAUUACCAAUGAGCUCACUAAACAUAAUUUCUGAUCAUCUGAUGACUCUUAAAAAUCAUUUCGAGAAAUAUUUUCCAGAAGACAUCGUACAAUACAAUUGGAUUAAUGAUCCGUUUAGUGAAAACCCAUUACUAAAUUUCACAACUACUGAAGAAGAACAAUUAAUCGAUAUUUCAUCUGAUUCUUCGUUACGAAUGAAAUUUUCUUCAUUUUCACUUUUAGAAUUUUGGAGCAGCAUUAAAGAUGAAUAUUCUGAAAUAUCCAUCAAAGCUUUGCGUGUACUACUACCAUUUGCGACAUCGUAUUUAUCGAAGUAG